AUGACAUGCAAAACAGACGCGGCUUUUGAUCAUGGAACAAUGAGGGCAGGAUUCGCUUGGAUCUUCACUGUUCCAACAGGGUUUUGCUUUCACCAAGGAUCAGCUACAGAAGACAGUAUCUCAUCGCUGUUAAUGGCGGAAGCAAUCGCACUCCGACACGGGGUCACCACUGCAGUAGAACUAGGGCUCCAGAAGCUCAUCUUUCUAUCUGACAAUCAAACGCUCAUCAGAGCUAUAAACAACGACACUCAGGUAAAGGAAAUCUUUGGAAUUGUGAAAGACAUUCAAAGACUCUCCUCUGAUUCUGUCGGUUUCACUUUCUCUCAUAUCUCUCGAUCAUCAAAUGUCGCUGCCGAUAGUUUGGCAAAACGAUCUCUGUCUUCUUUGUUGUAUUAA